AUUUUCUUUGAACCUAUCUACGUGAUUUUACCGAAACACCCAAAAGAAUAACUUAACAUGGCCGCCCCCUGGGGUCCGCCAUGUGCCAACUAUCGCGCGGCUGAUUGGCUGAGAGGACUCACGUGACCCGUUGGGCGACUACUCGUGGAAUGAUAACACGUGGAGCUGGUUGUUGUAAUUUUGCAAGACGUCUCUGGCGGGUGUGGAAGAUUUGGCUAAAACAUAAUUAAGAGAGAGGCCUUCGUUCUGAGCUCCCUCCGAGUGGAGGAACUUUUCGCCAGCGGUCGCGUGAGCGAGCAAUUGCAGGGCUGCGCGUUUACAUUUGUCAAGUAAUUUGUACCAGCAGGUGCACACAGACCCUGUGAGGGAAGAAGCAUUACUCUUAAAACGUGUAUUGUAACUUAUGUUAAUAUACUCUUUAGGUCUUUCAGUAAAGUCACGAAGAUAGAAGAAAAAAAUAAAGAAAAUGUUCAUAAAAAACUAAACUUUAUACUGUAUAUUUUACAAAAAUCCCAUGAGAUUUUUCACCACUACCUCAAAUCAAUGACAAUAGUGUGAUUAAAAAGAUAUCGGAAUUUCGAUUAAAUUUUUCAAUUUACAUACUGUAUUAGUCUCCAAAUAAACGGCAUCGAUGAUACAUGCUGGUCGAUGUUAUUGAUUUACAACCCUUGAUCGGCCCAGUGCCGAUGGAGGGCCUCCCUACGCCGGCUUUCAGGGCGUGAUUCGAUAAUUGUCUCGUGCAGGGUGGAGAAGGGGUGUCGAAUUGGAAUUGCCAAUUUAAAUUGUUUCACUUAAUCACUUAACCACGGCCGGUCAGAGCGGUUUUCGAGAACUCACAGCUGGGGUGCAUCGUCUCCCCCAGCCAAUCGCAGCGCUGCGAUACAAUUAAUUCAGUUAGCCAAUCAAAAAAGGAAGGGGGGGAUAACACUAACCAAUGGGGAUUACUCGAUCCAUGGAUCGAUUGGCAAUUGCAUCGACGCAGCGAUUAACCCGCAAAUUACGAUCGACUUUGAAGCUUGCUGUCGGACCGACUGCGUGGAAUCGAUCCAAAUUUUUCGUCGAUUUGACGAUCCACACGACCGUAGUUGGGCAAGGACGCGCCCCCUUUUGGGGCAGCAACCCAAUCAAGCCGCCAUUCGCCGCGAAGUGACGGGCAAACACCCUCCCCCCCCUUUGUGCCAGGCUAGGUGCACCUUGAGGCUAUCACGUGAAGUGUGGAAGGCUCACGGGACAGACCCGGCACGGGUUGGCGUACCCACCUCUCAUAGCGUGCCAACUUGCUGCGUUGUAGCCUGCCGGCGCUCAACUUGACACACACACAUUGGCAGACCUCUUACUGAUCCGGUGAUUUUGUUUUUGGCGGCGGGGGUUGAGUCCGCUUUUCUUAUUGUUCACUGCUGUACUGAGAGCGCACGUGGAGCAGAGCGGGGAGUCAUGCACGAGGACGCGAAUUCGUACACGGAGUGCUGCGUGGUGUGUCAGGACGUGAACUGGGGCAUCACGGACGAGAGGAGCUUCUACUGCAAAUCGUGCAACAACGUGACCGAUAAGGUGCUGGAAUGCGAUGACCCCAGUGCCUACUUUGACGCCUCGGCCAAAGUCAUCACCAUCAGCAAGGGCAUCAGGGGAAAGGACAAAUAUGGGCGCAGCUACAGGUGGUACACGUGCGAAGGCUUUCAGAUGGUGCUGUGCAUGCAGGCAGAUGCCCUGCAAGCUUUGGGCGUUAAUGCUCGCCUCAAGGAUGAUCUUCUGAUGCACAUGUGGAGGCGCUACCUGCAGUACACGGCCAGGGCAUAUGUGGAACCCAGGGAGAGUGACGCCCCUGCUAAGUCCCCAAUGACGAGCCCGUUGGAUAGCGGCAGUGAACUGAACGUGAACCCCAUGGACCUGGAGACGACGAGCCUGAAAUCCUUCUCCGCCUGGUCGUCCCAGAGCGACGCCACAAGUGGUGAUGUCGGCAGCGGCAUCUCCUCUGGUGAUGAGUGCGAGCCUAAGAUGGGCUCGGUGGAUGGGAAGCUGCUGUCCCACAGCGGCCGCGUGGAAGACCUUCACCUCUCCCUCUCGCUCGCCUUCUGCCACCUGGCCCUGAUGUGGCUGCGCCAGCCGCCCACCCUGCUUGACCUGCUGAGGCUCGUGAGGUGUGGCACUGUGCCCUACACCAGCGCCUUUGAGAGCUUUCCCGAGGAGAUGAAGAUCUAUGGUCACGAUGCUCGUUUCUUCAGACCGACUUGGUUGCCCCGCUACCAUCUAGUCCUGCGCGAGUCUCAGCUCCUCGCCGAGUUCCUUAAACUGCCGUGCUUCCCCGAGGUGACGGAGCGAAGCAUCGUGCACCCACAUGCGCUCGUAGCGAGCUUCCUGCAUCGCCUCUGCCUUCCCGACUCGCUGCUGCCCUGGUGCUGCUGGGUGAUGGCCUUGCCAAAGUUGCUCAUUCCCUCUCGGCUGACCUUUGACCCCACGGCACGACGCUGGGAGACGCUGCGGCUGGAGCUGGUGGCGGUGGCGAGUAUCCUGGUGGCGCUCAAGCUGCUGUUGGUGCUCGAUGACUGCACGGAGUGGAAAAUAUCGAGAGCCGUGAGAAAGCUCGUCGCCAAGCCAGGAGAGCCGUGGUUUUGCUUCGACGAUUGGUGCCGUGCGGCGACAGCUCUCGCCAGCCGAGAGCGCGACGCCGAGGCCCGCGUCGGCUCCCGGCGGUCCUGGGUGCAAAGCCGUACGUUCUAUUACACCUCCCGCAGCUACCACUGCAUGUGCGCCAAAAGGCAGAAGUUGGCGCUGGACUUGGAGCAGCAGGUGCGGCGCUCACUGGCCGGCGUGGAGCAGCAGAAGGCGCCGGGGCCUGGCGCUGACUCGGCGUCGCGUUUUUACGGCCACGCCGUCGUUGGCGUGAUGGACAAACGCCUCGCGAAACGCGUUGGGAGCAGCGGACGCUACUGGAGCACGCCCCGCCAGCCUGGGAAACAUGGGCUUCCCCACAGCUUCCGCUUUGUGCUGGAAGUGACGGCAUCGCUGCUGGGGGCCGAGCAGAGCGACCUCCUCAGCGCGGUUUGCUCUAUCGAGAAGAAGUUGCUGCCGGCCGUGCGUGCGCUGCCCAAGCAGCGCUAGCGGCCAAACUAUAAAACACUCUAUGAACUUUUUAUUUCAUCAGGUAAGGCCCACUAAGUUAUGUGGCUCUUUUUCAGAAGCGACCUGGCCACAAAUGAUAGCUCAACGAAGUGGCUUGUCAUGUGAACAUUUAAAGCAGCCAAGGACUCUAAAC